GCUUGCUUAUGCUGGACUAGGACAGGACCUUCCCUAAACUGUUGCUGCAAAGUUGGAAGCAUUGUUUUGGUUGGAUGGAGGCUGCAACCCUCCGUCAGCGUGUCCCUACACGCCGUUCUGUUUUAACCACAGAAGAUAAGCCGACCUGCUCCUGUCUACCUGAGUCUUCUUUACCUUCACCCGAGAGCAACAGCUACCUCAGCUUUCACAAAAACAAGAUCAGCAUGAAGGACAGUAACAAGGAGAACAUGCUGAGGAGUCUGGAGGAGGCGCUGGGAAGCAGAAAAGCUCUGCUGGACAACUACAGCAACCUCAACAAGGUGGCCGACUACUGCGAGAACGUCUUCAUGAACACUCAGGACAGUAGAGGAGCGGUGGAGGAAUCUAAAGCUCUGACCACUCAGGCGCUGGCCAGCGUCGCCUACCAGAUCAACACGCUGGCGACCAGCGUCCUAAAACUGCUGGACUCUCAGACCGUCCAGCUCAAGCAGAUGGAAUCAUCGGUCAAUGUGCUGAGCAUGACCGUGGACGUAUAUAAGGAGAAAGUAGCGCGGCAGGAGAUCGGCGUGCUGACGGCACCGUGCAAAAUCCCGUUCGCUCAGAAGAUUCUCCCUCCGGCGAGAGCCGAGGAACCGAUCGCUGGAUACGAGAGAAUCCCGAUAGCCUACAGCGCUCUGGAUUCAGUCGGUCAUGGACUCUGGGACGGAAACAAAACUGAAUCAAAGAAACAGCCGGAGCCGCCGAAAACUGCUCAACAAGAGAGGACUCAAGACGCUGGACAUCAUUUUGGCUCCAGCACGGGCAUCGCGGUUCCUCCUCCGUCCAUUCCUGGCUGGGCUGGUUCUAAAACGUUCGCUGCCCCUUCAGCCGUGCCAGCUUCCCCCCUGCCCCAGCCGGCAGGCACCAGUACAGAUCCUUCACCACCUUCUACUGGUAUCGAUAACCUUCCACCACCUCCUCCCAGUCUGCACCCUCAGACCAGUCCCGCCACCACACCGUCUCGUUCUCUCUUCAGUCCAGCUUUUAGGGAUUCCUUUUUGCCCCCACCUCCGACUCCCCAAGAGUCCAUAUGUGCUCUCCCUCCUCCUCCACCUCCUCCUUCUCCUCCUUCUGAUUCAAUGGCUCCUCCGCCGCCACCUCCUCUUUUCGAGAGCUCAUCGUUCCCUCGGCCUGCUUCCUCAUUUCCUUCUCCUGGUACUGGAAAGGGUCACGCUGCUCCACCUCCUCCACCUCGUUCAACAACUGCAGUCGGAACUGCUCCUCCACCUCCUCCACCUCCACCUCCAGGACAAAGCCACAUUCCUGCUCCACCUCCUCCGCCUCCACCUCCUGGACAAAGCCAUAUUCCUGCUCCUCCUCCUCCUCCACCUCCAGGACAAAGCCACAUUCCUGCUCCUCCUCCUCCUCCACCUCCUCCUGGACAAAGCCACAUUCCUGCUCCUCCUCCUCCUCCUCCUCCACCUCCUCCUGGACAAAGCCACAUUCCUGCUCCUCCUCCUGGACAAAGCCACAUUCCUGCUCCUCCUCCUCCUCCACCUCCAGGACAAAGCCACAUUCCUGCUCCUCCACCUCCUCCUGGACAAAGCCACAUUCCUGCUCCACCUCCUCCUCCUCCUCCACCUCCUCCUGGACAAAGCCACAUUCCUGCUCCUCCUCCUGGACAAAGCCACAUUCCUGCUCCACCUCCUCCUCCUCCUCCACCUCCUCCUGGACAAAGCCACAUUCCUGCUCCACCUCCUCCUCCACCUCCUCCUGGACAAAGCCACAUUCCUGCUCCACCUCCUCCUCCUCCUCCUCCACCUCCUCCUGGACAAAGCCACAUUCCUGCUCCUCCUCCACCUCCUCCUCCUGGAAAAUCCUUCAUUCCUCCCCCUCCUCCUCCUCCACCAUUAAAAGCCUGAAACUUUUUGUAAUCAGACUGAACACUCGCGCUAUCGAAGAGCGAUUAUUAGAACCAAGGAACAAAUAUGAGACACGAAAACAUCCACAACCCUCAACAGAGAAUCAACAUUUCUAAUCUACGCUUGUUCCUCCCCUCCCGUCCCUUCACUUCUUAUAUGCUGAUGUUUUUCAGCAUCUGGAAUUAACUUUCUUUAUUUAAAUUGGGAACGUUGGAUCUGUUCUAUAGGGAGCGAGCGCUGUAACCUGGUGUAACGUGGUUCACAUUUUGUUUGAGGAUCUGGAAAGUAUUUAGAGUGACUGAGACUAAAGUGGAUGAUUAUUGUGUAUGUGGUGUAGAUGUGAUAUAUCUGAUAAAUAAAUACAAUUUAUAUGAAUACAAUUUGCUUCAUGAGGUUUGGCGACUGCUCUGUGAACAAAA